AAUUAAUUUUGGAUAAAAUUUGUGUUUAUUAUUCUGUGUGUUUUGUCGAGUGACAGAUUUCUAUAUUCAAAGGCGUUAUAAAAGAUAUAUCUCAAUAUGACGUCAUUAAUCACACACAUCAAUGUGUUAAAAAUAAGAUGAUUUUCACUUCAAAAUCCAACCCAAUAAUUAGAUAAAUUGAUUUGAAAAUUAUUGAAAUCGAGAAACAUGAGCGAAGUGGCACAACAUCGUGGUGCACUCCUAAAUCCACCAGGAGUUGCUCGACCAACAACAAUUGAAACAACGUCAAUAAAUAAUUUAAAACGACAAGCAAAAUUAAGUAUUGCUAAUGUUCAUGGAAGACCGAAUAAUAAUAAUCCACAAGUGCAUGCAGCAAGGACACGAUUAGGAAGUCAUCAACGAAAUUUAAGCUUAGAUUUUAGAUCUAUGGGAAUACUUUUACCACCGGUAACAGAAAUAACAACAACCGUUUCAAAUACACACCUAACAAUGCAUCAUCGUAAUCGUAGUUUAGAUUCAGCAUUACAACGAAUACCUGAAGUUGAUAUCACACCAAGUCCAGAAUGUGAGCCAACCACCGUCAUCAUGAAUACAAAUGGUACAACAAAACAAUCAACGCAAUCUUCAGGCGUAGUAAUCGUUUCAACAAAUAAAACCAAAGGAAAUCAUCUCCAUAAUCAACGUGACGAAUUAACUAGUCUAGGUUCAGAUGACUCCGGUAUACUAUGUGGGGGCUCAGAUAACGGUGGCAGUGGGGGCGGUACACGUGAAUCAAGUGUUGAAUUACUAUCAUCGUCAGCAGUAACACACAGUCGUGAAAGUUUAGAUUCGGGUGCGUUAUGUGGGGGUUAUUCAAUCGAUAUCGAUUCGGAUGAAACACAGUGUAGUAGUGAUGAUUACGAUUUAGUAAAACAAUGUGAACCAGGUGAUGUUGACGAUGAUGUACAUCAUAGUGAUGUAAUUAUGCCAUCACGUACAACAGCCUUAUGUUGUGGAACUCGAGAUGAUGUUUUUACAAAUAAAUAUGUGAAUAAUAGCCAGGAGACAAACGUAUCAUCUUCAACGAUAACAACGCCCACGAUCACAACAACGACACCAACAGUGCCAAAUAAAGAUUGGUUGUUACGUUUAUUAGAGAGUAAAAUGUUUGAUAUUACGAUGGCUAUGCAUUAUUUAUUUAAAUCAAAAGAACCAGGUGUACAGACUUAUAUUGCAAAUAAAAUGUUUAGUUUUCCCGAUCAUGAGGUCGAUUUUUAUUUACCGCAAUUAGUGUGCAUGUACAUACAAAUGCAAGAUGUUGCUGAAGCUAUACAUCCAUAUUUGGUUCAUAGGUGUCGGCAGUCUGCAGAUUUUUCAUUAAAAUGCGCAUGGCUAUUAGGUGCAUACAGUUCGGAUGCAUCGUUACCAUCUAAACAGAAAUCAUAUGGAACUAAACUUAAAAAAUUGAUUCUAUCAGAUGAAUUAAGACCACGUGGACAAAAACCAUCGUUACCAUCAAUUGCUGUGACAAUUCCAUCAAUACCUGUACCACCACCAAUGCCAACAAAUCCAACAGCAAUUCCUGCAACAUUACGUAAAACACACCAUCGAUCACAAUCAGAUGCUUCAGCGUUAAUACGAUGUACAACAGCUGUACCAACUGUUAUUGGUAUACAAACACCACCAAAAUUAAGUCUUGGUGAUUUAAGUUCUGGUCGUGCAUUUGAUAAUGGUUGCACAUGUUUUGAAACGUGUCAAGGUGUUGUCAAUGAUCUCAGAGGACGUAAAACUGAAUGUGUUUGUUCUGCACCUCGUUUAGCUCCCGAAUUAGAAUUUAUGCAAGCGUUAAUUUGUAUUGGGAAAGUAUUAAGUUCGAUACCAACAAAAGAAGCAAAAACUACUCGAUUAAAUGCUGAAUUAAGUACACUCAAUUUAAAUCUUCCGGCUAGAGUAUGGCUUCCAUUACAUAGUAGCAUUCCACAUCAUAUUGUACGAAUUCCACCACAAGUUGCAGCUGUUUUAAAUUCAAAAGAUAAAGCACCUUACAUUAUCUACGUUGAAGUACUCGAUGUUGAUGAUUUAUAUACAUCACCAGUUCCAACAAAAGUCAUGAAUACUUUGCGGCAUACACGUUCCGAAGAAAAUCUUACAAAUAAAGUAGCAGAUAGUGUAUCUUCGUCGCCAUCAUUACAACCGUCUAUGAUCACAAAUGGUGUACCCGAUCACGAUUUAGAAGCGUGUUGGUCCCAAGAAGAUGAUGAAAUAUCUGAACAAUAUUUACAAUUACGAAAACAACCGAUUGAUCGUGAUACAAUAUCACAAUUGAGUCAAGAGUCGAGUGAUUCACGUGAGCCAGUUUCUAUAUCUGCAAUUGAAGUACGACGUCGUUUAUCGGAUUCAUUUCAUGAGGGUAAAAAUAAAGCUUUCACACAUGAUCCAGAAGACCCAUCGGCUGCUGCGUUAAAAGAACCUUGGGCGGAGAAGGAACGACGUGUGCGUGAAACAUCACCGUAUGGACAUUUAUCGUCAUGGCGAUUGUUGUCAGUGAUUGUGAAAUGUGGUGAUGAUUUACGACAGGAGUUAAUGGCAUCACAAUUAUUGACAAUGUUUGGAAAAAUUUGGGAAAUUGAAAGAGUUCCUUUAUGGGUUUAUCCUUACAGGAUACUAUGUUUAUCAAAUGAUUCUGGAUUAAUAGAACCGAUUGUGAAUACAGUAUCAUUACAUCAAAUAAAAAAGCAUUGUAAAUUAUCUUUAUUAGAAUAUUUCCAAAAGGAAUUUGGUGCACAAAAUAGUGAAGGAUUUUUAACAGCACAACGUAAUUUUGUACAAAGUUGUGCCGCAUAUUGUUUAAUCUGUUAUUUGGUACAAGUAAAAGAUCGUCAUAAUGGUAACAUCUUAUUAAAUAAUACUGGGCACUUAAUACAUAUUGAUUUUGGGUUUAUAUUAUCAACAUCGCCACGUAAUUUGGGCUUUGAAACAUCACCAUUUAAAUUAACACCAGAAUUUGUUGAAGUAAUGGGAGGCGAUCAAUCAGAUAUGUUUGCAUAUUUUAAAAUAUUAAUAUUACAAGGAUUAGUUGCUACAAGAAAACAUCAGGAUAAACUUUUACCAUUGGUUGAUAUUAUGCGAUCAGGAUCCCAAUUACCAUGUUUUAAAUCAGGUGCAGCAACUGGACAAAAUAUAAAAAAUCGUUUCCACUGGAACUUAACUGAAGAACAAUUACAAGUACUGGUGGACAACAUGGUUGAAAGUAGUGUAAAUUCAUUAAGUACAAAAAUUUACGAUGGUUUUCAAUAUUAUACCAAUGGUAUCUUAUAAACCAACUAAGUUAACUAAAACUGAUCGCAGUGUUUUUCUUUUUGGUUUUUUUGUUUAAGUGUUAAAACGUUCCCAAUAAAAUAAAAACAUUGUAAAUUGUGAUUUUGUACAUAAAAAAUUAUUUAUAGAUUGUAUAAAAAAAAGUUUAAAAACAUCACAAGGCAAAACAGAGCCCAUCUAAAUAUUUAAAUCUAUUUUCCCUCCUCUUUUUCGUAGUGAACGCGCCGUCGCUAGUUAUAGUGUGGUAUAUUUGUGGAGAGAGAAAAAGCUGAAUUUUGUCUUGUGUGCGUCGUGUGUUAAAACAAACUUUGAACGCAGCAUCUCCAUGUUAAUUUUUUCCCCUUAAAAUAGCACAUUUUGAAAGAAAACAUUUUUUAAAUGAAAUCUAAUAUUUAAGAUUUUCUAAUUUAUUUAGUGAUUUUUAAUUUUUUUUUUUUUUUUUUUCUUAUCAUUGAUUUACAGAUUUAUGAAUCUAUGAAGUGCAGUCAUACAUCCAGAAAAAUAAACUAAGAAGUUUUUCUUUUUAAAAGUUAUCUGAAAAUUCGCCCUCUUACAGAUAAAAACAAUAUUAAAGCACUAUUAGUCCUACGUUCGUGUAAGAAAUUCUCAAACGUUGCGUAAGUGCGAUUUGUACUUUUUAUUGUAUCAAAUUAUCAAAAAUAAUUACUGAAAACCUUAGAUAAAAAAAAGAUACAAAAACUGCAAUUUUUAGAUUUCAAAUACGUAUUAAGACUUCAGUGUAAUAAUCAUCAGUAUGAAUUGGCUACUCGUAUUUAUUCUAUUUAUUCUCUGCAGGCUUACGUUACUCGUCUUCGUGAAAGAGUCCCAAAAUUUAGGACGAGUAACAUAUCUCUUCGGAGUAUAAUUCCAAUUGGAUAAUUCAUACUGACACUACAUUGUUUAGUUUAAGCUUAAACAAAAUAGACAAUUUUAUUUGUACUUUUUAAGCAUUGUUUUUAAAUAGAAAUUUGUCAAUUUUUAUCUUAUAAAAGGUGUUCAGUCUACCAAGUGAGCAUUUCUGGAUAAAACCGUGAUGGUUUUUUUUAAUGUU